UCCCCGGCCACCCUUUAUUCUUUUCUUUUCUCUUAUUUUUCCUCACACAGGUUGCCCCAUUUGCUCUUUUAUUUUAUGACUGGCUCUGGCUCUUACAACGUGUGUCUCGAGGUAAUAUGGAGUGUCUUCACGUAUGUUGCUCUCUUUAAACGCCACCUUUGGCACCCUCUUAAUUGUCCUGGCUUUGAAGUUCGGCGCGGAAACGUUGAUCGGGGUCCCGUUUAUAUUCAAAGUAACUUCCAAACCAGCUGGCUGAUAUGUCACUUAUUUUUCGGCAAUCCUUUCCCAAUACUAUUUGUUCUCCUGUUUUGUGUUUGUGCUUUUCAUAUUCGCUGUCAUGUUGUGUUUGGCUGCAUUUGCUCUGUUUCAAGUUUAUUGGCAUCUGACAGCCACUUGGGCAGUUUGUAACAGCCCAGCAGCAUGGUCUUCAUCCAGAACUGAG